CAUCUGCCUAGAUAGAAGACAGCGUGUGGGCGUCACUGGCGCGCGACGCACGGUCAGAAUCAGGGAGCGCCGGAGGAUUUGAGACGCGCCCCGAGAGACAGAAACCCGCUGCUGCGCUUCAUUAGAGCCUCCGCGCGUCUCCAUCAUUCAUCCGUCCCGCAGAGCCGAACCACACACCCGAUACCGAGCACACAGAACCGAGGCCGGCGGCAGAUGGACGGAACACACGCGCUCUGACGGCAGAAGCUUCACUCGUUCAUGUUCGGCUCGGUUCGGAGCCAGGUCCGAUCGCAGUUCGACCACUCGCUAUUGUUCGGAUGUGCUACGCUGAGAAUCAAAGAGUCCGAUUGAUUCCCGACCGAACAUGAGUUCUGCUCUCCGCUGGGUUUUAUCGCUAUGCUUCAUCAUCAUCAUCAUCUUCAUCAUUCAGAGCGCGGCUCCGUUCCAGGUAACGUUACUGGAUGACGAGCGGAUGCUGAUGUCGCUGGACGCUGAUGACGUGAGGCCGGACGUGUCCGUGUACGCGGUGCGGGUGUCCGGAGAGCCGCGCACGCACACGCUGUUAUUCCCCAGACCCGCCGACGGUCAGACGCUUCCGCGGCCGCUCCAGUUCAACGCCUCGUACCACGGCCUGUGUUACUCCGUCAGUCUGAUGCUCGGGAACGACAGCAGCGGAUCCAGAGCCGCCAGAACCGUCCCUGUGCUGACCAAGCCUCUUCCUCUAGACAGCGUUGAGAUUUCUGAUUACGGUCCGUCUCCGGAGACCGGCGUGGUGUUUCAGAUCCGUUCUCCGGACAGGAACAUCUACACCAGAGUGAACAUCAGCUUCACGGAGGGCCGUCAGCAGCGCUACAUGCUGUAUAAAGAUUUCCACAAAGGGAAAACGGUCUUCAAGCACUGGCUGUCGGGCACGUGUUACACCAACAUCACCUUCCAGCUGAUCUCAGAGGCCACGGUCAACAGGAGCUCGCUGGUCAGCCGCAGCCAGAUCCUCCACGAGCCCCAUCAGCACCGCACCGUCCCAAACCCUCCUUUCAACGUGUCACUCAAAAUCAUCCCCCUCAGCGGCCGAGGAAGGCCUGGAACUGACCUGCACGGGGCCGUUCUGAAGGCAUCCCAGAAUGCAUCAUUCCUCCGCAGGGCGCGUGACGUCCCUUCAACUGAAGAACAGGAAGAGGCGGAUCCUGAGGAGAUCGACGUUACCCAAACGCCUCUGAACGAGUCCAUCACCGCCGCCGACAGCAGCACAGCUGAACCCGCGCGUGAGAACAGCACUGAGCCACUGUGGGCGGAGCCAACGGGAAGUCCCGCCCCCACUGCAGAGGAGGAGGAGUUUGUCAACGCAGUGGUUCCAGAAUAUGAGGACUCUAAUGAACCGGGUUCAGCCAUGGAUGUAAACUUUGAACCCAGGGUGACGCCCACGCCGCUGUCGCCCAUCCUGCUGGAGCUGCGCUGGUCUCCGCCGCGGCCGCCCACCUCAUUCGACGGGUUUAACAUCUACAUCUACCGCGACGGAAACUCCACCGAAACAGCCACGGUUGAUGAAAACACUCACGAGUUCUUCACCGAACUGUCGGAAGCAGGAACAUAUCGGGUUCACGUCACAACGCUCAGCUCGUCUGGAGACUGCGAGGCCCGAGAGAGUUCGGCUGACACCGGAUUCACCUUCUACCUCAGUCCGUCGGGCGAGUGGAUGGAGCAGCCGCAGGAGCGUCCGCAGGCGGUCAGUGUGAAGAUGCUGGACUCCAGCACGGCCGCCGUGACCUGGGCUCCGUCGGCUCACAGAUAUAACGGCAGUCUGAUCUCGGUGCUGUCGCUCACCUGCCUGCGGCCCAGUAUCAGCCAGCGGAUGGAGAACACCUACUGCUCUGAGGAGAAUAUCACCAGUGACAUCAUCACCAGCCUGACUCCAGGCGCUCAGUACAGAGUGGUGGUUUAUCACACUAACGGGCCGCUCGUUAGUCCCGCCUCCGAACCCGUCAUCAUUGAUAUAGAGCCGACGGGGGUUCGUGAUCUGGUGGUUUAUCCUCUCAGUCCCACCGCCGUCAUCCUCAGCUGGCAGCGGUCGUAUAACGUGGCCUUCCGGAAGUACGUCCUGCAGACCUUCUUCUUCAACUCAGCCACUCAGACGUCUCAGUGGACGACCUACUACGAGAUCGCCGCCACCGCGUCCGUCAUCGCCUCUGUGAGAGUGACAGAUCUGCUGCCGGCCUGGUACUACAACUUCCGUGUUACGAUGGUGACGUGGGGCGAUCCGCCUCUGAGCUGCUGCGAUGGCUCCACCGUGAGCUUCGUCACAGCUCCUGAAGCUCCUCACAUCUCCUCGGUGGAUUAUUCUCACGGGACGCUGUACGUGCGCUGGAACUACGGCGAUCUGUUCACCGACCUGUCGCACUCUCGCAUGCUGCACUGGCAGGUGACGGCGGAGGGCAAGAAGGGCUCCAGGAGACGCUACUCCAUCGACGUGACUCGCAGCAUGAUGAAGGCGUCUCUGGCUCUUCCUCCCGGCGACAUCUAUAAUCUGACGGUCACCGCCUGUACGGAGAGAAGCCGCAACACGUCUGCGCCGCACAUCAUGAAGCUCGAACCGGCUGCACCGAAGUCUCUGUAUGCGGUCAACGCCAGCGACACGACCGUCACGCUGCUCUGGACGGAGGAGGGCGUCGUGGACUUCUACCAGAUCGCCUGCAGACCGCUGGGAACCAACAGAGAUCGCACGGUCCGCGAGCCACUGGUCACCGCCGCUCAUGUUGUGACCGUCUCGGGUCUGCAGCCGUCCACCUCGUACAACUGCACCGUGACCAGCAGCAGCUACAGCAGCGCCAGUGACCCCGCCUUCAUCACCGUCAGCACUUCAGUCCGCGAGAUGAACCCGAGUGUGGCGGCCAUCUCUGCGCUGGCGGUUCUCAGCGUUCUUCUCAUCAGUCUGCUGGUGCUUUUCCUGCUGGUGUUACGCAAGAAACACAUGGAGCUGAGCCGGGAGUGCGGCGCUGAAACCUUCGUCAACUUCGCCUCUUUUGAGCGGGACGGGAAGCUGCCGUAUAACUGGCGCAGGAGUCUCUUUGCGUUCCUCACGCUUCUGCCAUCCUGCCUUUGGACUGACUAUCUUUUGGCCUUUUAUAUUAAUCCGUGGAGCAAAACUGCACUGAAGAAGAGAAAACUGACCAGUCCAGUUCAGCUCAGUGAUUUUGACGCCUACAUCAAAGACAUGAGCAAAGAUUCAGCGUACAAGUUCUCGCUGCAGUUUGAGGAGCUGAAGAGCGUCGGUCUCGAUCUGUCUCAUGAAGCCGCUGAUAUGCCCGUCAACAGACCCAAGAACCGCUACACCAACAUACUGCCCUAUGAUUUCAGUCGAGUGAAGCUGAUCUCUCUGCACAACGACGAAGGCUCCGAUUACAUCAAUGCAAACUAUAUUCCUGGUUAUAACUCUCCGCACGAGUUCAUCGCCACACAGGGGCCGCUGCCCGAGACCAGGAACGAUUUCUGGAAGAUGGUUCUGCAGCAGAAGUCUCACAUCAUCGUCAUGCUGACCCAGUGUAACGAGCGCAGGAGGGUGAAGUGUGACCACUACUGGCCGUUCACUGAGGAGCCCGUGGCGUACGGCGAGAUCACGGUCGAGAUGCUGUCCGAGACGGACUCACCGGAGUGGACCAUCAGAAACUUCAGACUGGGAUAUGCUGACGAAACUCAAGACGUUUUGCACUUUAACUACACGUCGUGGCCUGAUCACGGUGUUCCCACGGUCAACGCCAUCGAGAGCAUCUUACAGUUCGUACAGAUCGUACGGCAGCAGGUCAACAGGACCAAAGGACCGAUCGUCGUCCACUGCAGUGCUGGAGUGGGUCGGACCGGCACGUUCAUCGCUCUGGACCGUCUGAUGCAGCACAUUCAGGAACACGAGUACGUGGACAUCCUGGGCAUGGUGUCGGACAUGCGCUCGCACCGGCUGUCCAUGGUCCAAACGGAGGAGCAGUACGUGUUCAUCCAUCAGUGUGUCAUGCUCAUGUGGAAGAAGAAGAAGCAGCAGUCGCACACGAGCGACGUCAUCUACGAGAACGUCAGCAAGUCCUAAUGAAGUCUGAUUCUCUUCACAUCAGUGUUGACAGACGUGCGACAUCGACACCAGAAACCAACCAACCAACCGGCGGCCUGCAGAGGAGAAUCCUUCGCUCAUUUACUCCCCAUACAAGCUCUUAUUUAACGACGGAACAAAUCAAAUGCCUUAAACGAGCUGCCUCGUUCUCCCGGACCGACGGAGAGCGCGGCAGCGCAGGACUGACGCUGAAGCUCCGGCGCUCGCGGUUCCAUCAGCAUCUAGUCUUUAGUUUGUGUGUGAAUCUCAGGAUCAUCUGCUGGACGCGUCUGCGCUUGUUUUAGGCCGGUGUAAAGUGUGUUUUGUGAGUUUAUAUCGCACUCUGUCUGUAAUAGAGUUAGUUUUCACGUCUUCAGAGGAAGCCAAGCGGUCCAAAAACAUCAUUUUCGGAAGCAAAAUCCUCCUGUCGGCAUGCUAAUGGACCUUUAAUCUCCUAUCACUGCCACACACAGACGCCGCCACGCUCGAUCCGCUUCCGUCAUAAAGGACUGAAAGAGGGAUUUCCGAACAGACCUCAGCUGUACGGACACACGCGUCCGGGGGUUUUGCAGUGAUCAUAUCUGUACCGCUGUAGAGGCCGACGGUAGCUGCGCUUCUGUGACUGUGGAUUGUGUGUUUUAGUCUGUGAUUUCUGCAAAAGUUUCAUCAGCUGGAACCGCUGAGCUCCGGCGACUUUACCUGCAAACACUGGAUUGUCACUGGCAUUGAGCUCGUGUACGUGUUGUCGACUCAUUCCAGUGGCAUUUGCACAAUUCCGGUGAGGCCGCUGCGGUCAGUCGGACUGAAUGUGAGCGUCCAGCAGCUUGUAUAUCAUCACUGCUGAAUCUGACACUGAUUCCACAUGUCGUGUUCUGUGAACGUUGCAUGCUGCAAAAUGAAAGACGUGAGAUUAGUCUCAUCUUUAGGUUUAGACUCGAGCUCAGAGCUUCAAUCUGGAGUCCCAGCUAACAGGGAACGUUCUCUCAAUGUUAUGAACAAACGUUCUUCCAGUAACGUUAAUAAAACGUUCGUUCAAAGUUAAUUGGGCUUUAAUAAUGUUCUCAGAACGUUCUGGCAAGGUUUUCUCAACGUUAUGAACAAACGUUCUUCCAGUAACGUUAAUAAAACGUUCGUUCAAAGUUAAUUGGGCUUUAAUAAUGUUCUCAGAACGUUCUGGCAAGGUUUUCUCAACGUUAUGAACAAACGUUCUUCCAGUAACGUUAAUAAAACGUUCGUUCAAAGUUAAUUGGGCUUUAAUAAUGUUCUCAGAACGUUCUGGCAAGGUUUUCUCAACGUUAUGAACAAACGUUCUUCCAGUAACGUUAAUAGAACGUUCGUUCAAAGUUAUCUGUUCUUUAAUAAUGUUCUCAAAACAUUAACAUCUAUACAUCGUUCAAGGAGCGUUUAAUUCUAAAACGUUUAUUAAAUGUUACUUUCAGAAAGUUCAGAGAACAUUCAAAAGUAACGUUCCGGAAGAAUGGUAAAAUGGAAUGUUUCAUUAACGUUCGAACAUUUUUAAAUAUUUUUAGGUGAACCUAUUGUGGGAACAUUAGCAAAACGCUGUUCUUGUUAGCUGGGCCGUUAUUUUCACAUUUGCCUGUUCUGUCAAACACACGAGUGAGUUUACAAAUGUCUCGAGUUUACAGGCAAACAUAGACGCCUUUCCCUCAUCUGAGAUAUGAGUUUUAUAAUAUCAACAAGGCACUGAGCUGUAAAUACUGUUUAUUUCGAGAAGAAAGGACAAAAGAAAUGCUGUACUGUGUUAAAUGAACUGGUUUAUUAUGAUAAGAACGAAACUCGGGAUUCGGAGCGGACGAGCCACUUCACUUGGUCAGUUUUGUUUAGUUUGUGUCCAGGUCAAACUCGUUUGUCUUUUGGUGCCAUUCUUGUGUAUUGUGUGACUUCAAGUAGCCGAGCAAUCCACAAUCGCCAUCACAGAGUUUUAAUGUGUGUUUGUUUGGAAAAAAUAAACGUUUGAAUACAUAUUCCUA